AUGCCUCGCGUGUUCUUUGUCACCGGAAGCUCAGCCGGUCUCGGGCAAGCUCUGGUAAAGGAGAUCCUGGAUAAAGGCGACUAUGUUAUUGCAACUGCUCGCAAACCCGAAGUUUUGAUUUUUGAGAAAGCUACUUCCACCAACUUCCUCGCCGCUCAACUCGACCUGCUAGAUUCCAAUAGUGUGCUGACCGCAUACCUCACCGGUGUAGCCAAGUUUGGUCGCAUUGACGUGGUCGUCAACAACGGGGGAUAUGGAUUGAGCGGCCCCUUUGAAGAUCUAACCGACGAGGAUAUCCAACGACAGAUGGAUGUCAAUUUCACCGGUGCACUUGUUUCGACUCGCACUGCCAUUAAGGUUAUGAGAGAACAGAGUCCUCCAGGAGGAAUUAUUCAGCAGAUCACCAGCAUCGGUGGUCGCAUCGGAUUUCCAUGGAUGUCCAUGUACAGUGCCUCAAAGUUUGCUCUCGAGGGCUUUACCGAAGCCGUGGCGCAAGAAAUGGAUCCGAAAUGGGGAAUCAAAUUUACUUGUGUUGAACCAGGUGGUUUCAGGUAG